AUGCGCUACGUGAAACAGCAGCCAGAGGUGGCACCAACCGACACCAAGUUCUUCAGACGGUGGCGUGAUAUAGCCGAGCGGAAUGACAUGCCACCAUUGUUUCAGGAAGUGGGGAUUGAGAGUACUACAGACAACGCUGACCGAGAGGUAGCGCCAGUGUUUGAAGACGUCCUUGAUUUAUUAGGUUCUAGAGGAAAAUUCCAGACUAGACUGAAUAUCAUAUUUAAUUGCUUUGGUCCAUUUGUCAACCUGCUGAGCGUGUACGCCUUCCAUCUUGCCAUGCAAACUCCUGAUCACUGGUGUUACGUACCCGGGAAAGAAAACACUAACUUCACAGUUGAUGAAUGGAAGAAUAUUACAGUUCCCAAGAUAGGAAACAGAUUCAGCAGGUGUAUGAUGCACAACAUAAGUGAUAUCGAUGACGUCAUCAACGUAACAACGAUCCCUUGCCAACAUGGCUGGGUAUACGACGAUACUUGGUUCUCCCUGACGGCGCCAUCGCAAAUGAACUGGGUCUGUGACGAUGCCCACAUCGUUAGUGACGUCAUGUUCUACGCACAAAACGCUGGCGUAAUUCUAGGACUGGUGCUCGGCUACGUUGGAGACAUGCUUGGCAGACGGCCGCAGCAGUUCCUGUGCCUGGCAUUCCACUUCACCAGCAGAGUCACACUGGUCGUGUCCCCGUCUGUGCUUGUACUCUUCACCCUGGCGGAGUCUUUGGCUACCUCAGCAUCUGGGCCUAUGUUCGAGUCAGCGCUGUCCGUCGGCCUGGAACUCACGGACGUCAAGCACCGUACUACCAUCUGUGCCAUGGCAUGCAUUAGCACCGGCGUGUCGAUGAUUAUCAGUGGCCUACUUGCCUGGGUUUUCCGCAGCUGGAUCUAUUUCCUUCUUUUCCCGGGACUAUGCUGUCUUCCAAUGUUUCUCUUUUGGAGGUGGUUCCCCGAGUCGCCUCGCUGGUUGGCCUGCAGGGGCCGCGAGCAGGAGGCGCUGACCGUGCUGCGGCGCAUCGCCGCCACCAACGGCUCUGCGGUCGCCCCGUUCACCUCACGGGUGCUCCACGCCGUGGCGAAGAGCAAACGGGACCGGAAGGGCUUCCUCAGCAUCUUCUCCAGCUGGAACCUUCUCCGAAACACAGUGAUGCUCAUUGUUGCUAGGAAUGUCAAUAUACCAUCACGAACAUCAAUGUACCCUGGACCUACACUCUUCUAUGUGCGAUGGUAUGGUGUCAGCAGGGCGGUGUACCUGCUGACGUCUCUGGCGCUGGUGCUCAGCGUGGGCUUGCUGAGCGUCAACCCUUUCCUGACGGUGUCCGCGCAGGGCGUGGCGCAGCUGCCGGCCUUCAUCGCGGUCCACUACUGCGCCUCCAGGUUCGGCCGGCGCUGGUCCGCUGCCGCCUGCCCACUGCUGGCCGCAGUCGCAGGGGCUGUCCUCGUGCUUAUGGUGACCACGGGUACUUCCGGCAUCGCCCUGACAGCGGUGGCCUUUGCGAUGCAGUUCUUCACAACUGCGAGUGGUGGAAUAUCACACUUGCAGAGCGCGGAAGUGCACCCCACGUGCCUCCGGCAGAUUACUGCCAGCCUCGAAUGGUCGAUCGCUGCCAUCUUUCUCUCCCUCCUUCCGUACAUAGUAUUCAAGGCUGGAUCUGUAGAUGAACGGCUGCCAUUUGCCAUCCUCUCGGCACUCAAUGUUCUGGCAGCUGUUUCCGUGUCGUUCUUGCCAGAAUCAGCUCUGCAAAGGCUGCCGGAGACCCUGAAGGAUGCUGCAGUCUUUGGACGAGGUCGUCGUUACUGGAGCUGGAAGCCUAAGCCACCACCGAUUUCUACAACAGAGCAACAUGUUCUCACAUGA